CUCGAACACGGUUGUGAGUGCGCGAGUGCGAGAGUCGCAUCUCGAGAAGCGUUGGCGACAUGUCGCUGCUCGGACGCGCAAAGGCACUCUUGCCAUCUGGCAAGAACAUACAAGCACUGGCGCCUUCCCCCGACGUGUCAGCUACCACAUCGACUUUGCCGGCUGUCGAUUCUGAGCCGGCUAGCCUGACACCACAGCGACGGGGCAAUGGACGAGCCGACCUGAUAGAAUACCCGGUAGAGUUGGAGAAAGUUGGCGACGAUUUGUACAGGAGCUGUCGACUGUUCAAGCCGUCAGUCGGUCCAGGAACGUAUGGCGGCCAAGUAUUGGCUCAAGCCGCUUGGGCUGCAACACAGACCGUGCCACCGGAGCUCUCUAUGCACUCACUCCACUCGUAUUUCUUGCAUCCCUCCGAUCCCAACGUACCGCUCGUUUAUCGUGUGGAGCGUAUACGGGAUGGAAGAUCGUACGCGACUCGGCUGACGACUGCAAAUCAGAAGAACAAAGUCGUCUUUACUAUCACUUGCAGUUUCUCGCGCCCGGAACCCAUUCAGACCUUAGACUAUGCGCCGCCGAUGCCAAUACCCGAAUUGAAGCCAGACAACUGUAUAAGCGCAGAAGACAAGCUGCAGAAUUUCUUUGACAAGAUUGGCAAGAAGCUGCCCAAGGAGCAGCGCGAGCAGCUACGAAACGGCAUCCGAGAACGCAAGCGAAUGCCUGUCGAAGUCAGAAAUGCGCAGGCAAAUGACGCGGAUAUGCUUAUGGCCGACGGAGAGAAUAAUCAAGCCUUCUGGUUGCGGCCGCGCGGUCGCGUGCGCAACGAUCUCGCAUUUGCAAAGAUUGUGCUGCUUUACAUGUCAGAUCUUGGCAUUUCUUUUACCGUCUCCAAAGCGCUCGGGCUGGACAAGAUGUCAGAUCCGCCAUUAGGCACAAUGGUAUCAUUAGACCAUUCCGUACAUUUCUACUUUGAUGACUGGGACCCUUCUGGCUGGACAUUCUUUCACUUGACUUGCCCCGUCGCAGGCGACGGUCGAGGCAUAGCAGAAGGCCAGAUGUGGACAGAGGAUGGCAAAUUAUUGGCAAUUGUGACGCAAGAAGCAGUCUGCAGAGCCGAUAAUCGCGCAGAACUGCGCGCUCAGAAGCAGAAAGAAGCGUCUGAUGCACAGAGCCCAUCAGCGAAAUUGUAGCGUCCCUUUCUUGUGUGUAGCGCAUCCAUAUGUU